AUGGCUGACACGGCAAUAGAAAUCCCAAAAGCUAGCUGGGUUCGUCUCGAGAUUGAGCCUGUCCAAGUGAAUGUUGAUAGCGAUACGACCGUCAACUUUGCCACGAUUCAAUCGAUUGUUCCAGGAGCUCACGGACUUUACUAUCGAGAUGACGGAGAACGUAAAGCUCUCUUAUUCGACAACAACACUGGAAAGGUUUUUCCACCCCCAAAUGGAUGGGACUCGGUUCCAGUUUUCAUUCAUUUAGCCCACGGAUCAAGAAACAAGGCGCACUUUGCUGAUUACAGCAAGGCGAAUGAGGCUUUUGAGAAGAACAUCACAGCUGUUCAGAGACUAUUUGCUGCCGCUGGGCUUGGGAAUGCGAGCAGGGUGUACAAUACGAACAAGACGAGAGCCCGUAGUUCAUCGAAAAGAAACCACCCAAAAAGUGGAUUCGAAGCGCAGCCAGAAAAUGCGAUUAUUGGAGAAGAAAGCGAGGAAGCGGUUGAUAAGAUUGACCCACUUGUAGAAAAGUUGAAGCUUAAGAAUGCCGAAUUGAAGUCAAGAAUUAAGGAGUAUAAGAAUGAGCUUCACGCUGCAAAUCAGAAAAUUAAGAAGCUUGAAAAUGAAGGCGAGGACAAAUCCUCUCACGAUUACAGCGAAAAGGACGAAGAAAUCAACAACCUUCACACCGUAAUUGAGGAGCUUCGCAACAAACUUUCCCAAGCUGAGAGUAUCAAGAAAAAUGUGGAGUCAGAGCUUGGGGAAAAUCAAGAACGAUUGAAGAACGCUAAGGACAAGGUUGCCUAUCUUGAGGGUCAACUCAUCAUUAGCGGUGAGCAGAAGCGCGAAAGACAGAUCUCUGAGUCUCAAGACGAAACCAAAAGUGCAACUAUUCGUUCUCUUGAGGUUAAGCUUCAACUCGCUAACAAUAGCAUCAGACAAUUGGAGAGUGAGAAGCAGCAGUUGCAAGAAUCCAAUUGGUAUGCUAACGAGCGUAUUGGUAAACUUGAGCAAGAAAAUGGAUACUUGAAGGGAAUCACCGAGCAGCUCAAGGCAAGAGCCGACAACGCAGCAUGUGACAAAUUGCUUAAGGAAAGCGAGAAGCGUGUUUGGGAAAUUAACGACGAGAAAAGCAAAUUGGAGUGGAGAAUCGGAGAGCUCACUCAAUGGUGGAAUGACGCCAAGUGGAAGGUUGGAGAACUUGAGUCUUCUAUCGCUCAACAGAGAUAUUUGCUGGACACGGCAAAUGUCAAAAUUCAAAAUCUAACUGAUCAAAACCAUUCAACCCCACAACCAUCUUUGACCUGCCCGACAGAAGGAUUCACUCUUUGCCAAGGACAACAAGGAGCUUGGCAGCUUGCGAACGGUCCUGCUCCACAUAUCUUCGGAGCGGGAGCUAUCUCAACAAUCCCGAUGGUUCCAUCCUUUGUGCCAUAUGGAGCUCCUACAGUCGCAAUGCCAGGACAUAGUGAUACGAGAACUGUAACACUUACCAUCCCAAAUGUCGAAGGAGAAGCAUUCUUAACAGGAUCUUUUAUGAACUGGAAAUGCGCUCUUAAAUGCGACAUUCUCAAGAACAACAAGAAAGGAGUCGUUGUGAACCUUCCGCGUGGAAGACAUGAGUUCAGAUUCAUGACAAAUGGUCAAUGGGUGACGUCGAGUGAGUACCAAUUGGUUCCAAAUGGCUUGGGCGGGGACAACAAUGUGGUAUUUGUCGAAUAA